AUGGAGGCCGUUUGUGUGAACACCUGCACCGUUGCUAGGUGUCUCGAGGAAGGUAUCAUCUGGCUUAAAGUCUGGCGAAUUCAAUCUGGUGUCUCGGCGAGCCUGAAGACGGAUGGGAAGAAGAAAAUGCAACGCAUCAGCACAAAAUGCGGGUAA